AAGUAACACAUCUAAAAGCACGACAACAAGAGGACAAGACAAAGAAGCAGGAUGCAUCAACUCAGAAGGACUAAACUGUCUUUAAUUGUGAUACUAACGCUGCUGGUUACAGCUGUAACUGGAGAUGAUACCGCCUCCCUCACAGUCAAACAUGGACAUGAUGUCACUUUGCCAUGUGGAAAUGUGAUUAAAGAUCAGCAGAAAUGUGACAGUACUUCUUGGCUUUUCAGUCGUGAUAGUGGGAGUACAGCAGGAGAGCUGGUUACACUCGGGAAUAUAAAUAAAAAUGAGAAAGCUAAAGCUAAGAGGCUAAAUGUUACAGAGGAUUGUUCUCUGGUUAUUAAAAAUGUCACACGUGAAGAUAUCGGUCGUUACACCUGCAGACAGUUCAGAUCAGGAGAACAAGUUUCAGAUGCUCGUGUGUUGCUGAAUGUUAUUAACAUUGACUCAGAUGAUCCCUACAGGUAUUACUGCUCUGUGUUCAGAUUUGGAGACUGUGCCCACACAGUGCAGUGGUAUUAUAAGGGUGAUAAGACAGAUAUAUCAGAACACCAACAGACCGACUGUACAGCCGCUGUGAUAUUUACAACUGAAGUUGAAAAGUCAAAAAUUGAGGAGUUGCUGUUUUGUAACGUGACAGACAAACAGAGUGGACAAACACAGCUGUGUAAUGUCGACCCCGGGUCAUCAUGUGAGAAAACAGGAAGCACAUCAGCAGGAGGAAACGAGAUAACGGAGGACGAAACUCUGAAGAAACCAGGUAGAGUACAGACCACAUUCACACAGCGGCCAUUUUCCUGUGAUGUCACACUCAGGCUGGUGUAAAUGAUAUUUUAACAAGCGGAUUAAUCAUAAAUAUGAAUAAACAUCUCAAAUAUAAUACAAAACAAAUUUAAGAAAUAAAGUGUAAUUUAUUGU